AUGGCUGAGAUUUUGCCAAGCGAGAAAUUCAAUUUACACAGCGCUGCAGUCGCUCUUAGGGAAGGCGGAAAAAUCGCAUGUAAACGUGUUUCAUCUUCACGUCAUGACUAUGUUCUCGGUGAAAAUGUCUACCAACAUGGGAUCGUGAAUCUCAAAUUAAAGUUGAAAUCUUUGAAAGAUGACAAGUACAUGUUUGUUGGGAUAUUGGAAGAGGAUGUUAUUCCAGUAUCUCCAACGAAUAAAGCUUCCUCGUAA